GCGCCACUGAGCGCGCCCCCGCUCCGGACCGCACAGAGCCCCAGGCCCCCAGCCUGACGCCGCCCAUGGCCGAUGCCCCCCCGCGCCGCCUCGGCCUGGGCCCCCCACCCGGAGACGCCCCCCGACCCGAGCUGGUGGCUCUCACCGCUGUGCAGAGCGAGCAGGGCGAGGCGGGCGGGGGCGGCUCCCAGCGGCGGCUGGGCCUCCUGGGCAGCCCCCUGCCGCCGGGCGCGCCCCUCCCUGGGCCGGGCUCGGGCUCGGGCUCCGCCUGCGGCCAGCGCUCCUCCGCCGCGCACAAGCGCUACCGUCGCUUGCAAAAUUGGGUCUACAACGUGCUGGAGCGGCCCCGCGGCUGGGCCUUCGUCUACCACGUCUUCAUAUUUUUGCUGGUCUUCAGCUGCCUGGUGCUGUCUGUGCUGUCCACUAUCCAGGAACACCAGGAAUUUGCCAAUGAGUGUCUCCUCAUCUUGGAAUUUGUGAUGAUCGUGGUCUUUGGCCUGGAAUACAUCAUCCGUGUCUGGUCUGCUGGCUGCUGCUGCCGCUAUCGAGGAUGGCAGGGCCGCCUCCGCUUCGCCAGAAAACCCUUCUGUGUCAUCGACUUCAUCGUGUUCGUGGCCUCGGUGGCUGUCAUUGCCGCGGGCACACAGGGCAACAUUUUUGCUACAUCAGCGUUGCGCAGCAUGCGCUUCCUGCAGAUCCUGCGCAUGGUGCGCAUGGACCGCCGUGGUGGCACCUGGAAACUGCUGGGCUCAGUAGUCUACGCGCACAGCAAGGAGCUGAUCACCGCUUGGUACAUCGGGUUCCUGGUGCUCAUCUUUGCCUCCUUCCUUGUCUACCUGGCAGAGAAAGAUGCCAACUCUGACUUCUCCUCCUAUGCCGACUCACUGUGGUGGGGGACGAUUACACUGACGACCAUUGGCUAUGGGGACAAGACACCACACACGUGGCUGGGCAGGGUCUUGGCUGCCGGCUUCGCCUUACUGGGCAUCUCCUUUUUUGCCCUGCCUGCUGGCAUUCUUGGCUCUGGCUUUGCCCUGAAGGUCCAGGAGCAGCACCGGCAGAAGCACUUUGAGAAGCGGAGGAUGCCAGCAGCCAACCUCAUCCAGGCUGCUUGGCGCCUGUAUUCCACUGACACGAGCCGGGCCUACCUGACAGCCACCUGGUACUACUAUGACAGUAUCCUCCCAUCCUUCAGAGAGCUGGCUCUCUUGUUUGAGCACGUGCAACGGGCCCGCAAUGGGGGCCUACGGCCCCUGGAGGUGCGGCGGGCGCCAGUACCCGACGGAGCGCCCUCCCGCUACCCGCCCGUUGCCACCUGCCAUCGGCCGGGCAGCGCCUCCUUCUGCCCUGGGGAAAGCAGCCGGAUGGGCAUCAAAGACCGCAUCCGCAUGGGCAGCUCCCAGCGGCGGACAGGUCCUUCUAAGCAGCACCUGGCCCCUCCACCGAUGCCCACCUCCCCAAGCAAUGAGCAGGUGGGUGAGGCCACCAGCCCCACCAAAGUACAGAAGAGCUGGAGCUUCAAUGACCGCACACGCUUUCGAGCCUCUCUGAGACUCAAACCUCGCACCUCUGCUGAAGAGGGCCCCUCAGAAGAAGGACUGGAAGAGAAGAGCUACCAGUGUGAGCUCACAGUGGAUGAUGUUAUGCCUGCUGUGAAGACAGUCAUCCGCUCUGUCAGGAUUCUGAAGUUCUUGGUGGCCAAAAGGAAAUUCAAGGAGAUGCUGCGACCGUACGAUGUGAAGGACGUCAUUGAGCAGUACUCUGCAGGGCACCUGGACAUGCUGGGCCGGAUUAAGAGCCUGCAGGCUAGGGUGGACCAGAUUGUGGGUCGGGGACCUGGAGACCGAAAGGCCAGGGAGAAGGGCGACAAGGGGCCCCCAGACGUGGAGGCGGUGGAUGAAAUCAGCAUGAUGGGGCGCGUGGUCAAGGUGGAGAAGCAGGUGCAGUCCAUUGAGCACAAGCUGGACCUACUGUUGGGCUUCUAUUCGCGCUGCCUGCGCUCUGGCACCUCAGCCAGCUUGGGCACCGUGCAAGUGCCGCUCUUCGAUCCUGACAUCACCUCGGACUACCACAGUCCUGUGGACCAUGAGGACAUCUCGGUCUCCGCACAGACACUAAGCAUCUCUCGCUCUGUCAGCACCAACAUGGACUGAAUGACUUCUGGGCAGAGUCGCACUGGGCCAGCCUCUAGGCCUUGCGCUUGAACCCUUCUACUGAGGCCUCCGGACUUCUACUUGAACUCGCUCCCUCCUGGGGAGAGAGGCCACACACAGUAUUGAGCUGCCUGGGGUGGGGUGGGGGUGGGGGGCAAGAGACCCGCUGUGGGUGCCCAAGCACUGUCCCCACCCCAGGAGCGUGAGGUGCCAGGCCACACGGAGAGCAGCAGCAGCAGCUGCCCCACGGCCUCUGGGACCCUCAGAACCCUGCCCACUCCACCAAGGCCUGCCAUGGCCCACGUGGUAGGGUCACUGCCCCAGGAGUGGGAGCAAGGUACUGGGGCCCUGGGCUCUAGCCCCUGGGCCCUGCUCAGCUUCCAGCUAUGCAAGGUGAGGUCUGUGGCCUGCUCUUCAGACAGAGCAGAGAAGCCCUCCCGCCAAGUCCCCACCCCAUUGGGGUUGGGCCCAAGGUGUCCCCACAGAUACCCACAAAGCACAGGACCCUGCCUCAAGGCAGGUGGGCAUCAUAUAUGCAAACUAUGUUAAAUAUGCAACUUUGGGGGCCCCCAUGGGGUCUCCCUGCCCAUCCUCCACCAGGAGUUGGGCUCCCAGCAGUAGCUGGUCUCAGGCUGUUUGGCCAUGACCCCCUCCCCAAUCCAUGGCUUAUCCCUGCCCCCACCAGGAUGGGGCCUGUUUCUUCCCAACACUCACCCAAGGCCAGUGCCAGCUGGGCCUUCCUUUCCACCUGCAGGUGUCACCUGCCAGGACCAUCCUCUUCCUGCUGGAUGUUCAUUCUCCUCUGGCUCUCCAUAUAUCUUUGACCAUUGGCAGGAGUUUCUGUGUUCUCCACAAUCUCCCAGACAGUGUCCUAUGGGUGGGUUGCACAAAUAUAAUUCUCUGUUUUCUCAGAUGUAGAGAAAGCCUCACACUCACACUGAUGCCCACAAGCAGGCACAGCUGGAGAUGUGAGCACAGGGACCCUCAGCCUUUCCUGAGUCUCUGCAGUCAAUACUGGUGGGCUGGCAUUAGCAGAUCUCCACUCAGAGGUAGCCCUUGCCCCCUCUGUUCAGGAGAGGGAGCUUUAAAGUGAGCCCAGAUCUUUCCAGGUCCAACCCCAGAGCUUUACCCACUCCCUUUCCUCAAAAACAGACUCCUCUGCAGCCCAGGAGCACUACUGCUUAUUCUCUCUACCCUUGAGGGCUCCCCACAGUGUCCUCUCAGCACAACUCAGGCCUCUGGGGUCUGCACACCACCAGAGAGACCCCCGGUCCACUCCUUCCUAGUCACUCUUGACUCCCAGAGUGGACAGUAACACAUCUCACAGCUUCACCAGCUGUGCGUAUGGCUGUCGCCUGCACUGUCUGCUCCCCACUUUACUUGGCAGCCCAUAUACUGGCAUAAGUGCCCAUCCACUGCAAGUCCCCAGCACCACUUUUGUAUCUGUACCCCUUUGUUCCCGGCAGGAGGGUGAGAGACAGUGGACUGAAGGCAACCCUCUGUGCAGUGCUAAGGAACAAGGGGCUGAGGCCAAGCUGCCUACUUCUCAUACUGGGGACCUGCAUGUACUAGCACCAGGGUUUAGAUUGGAUCUUGUUCAGCCCCAUGGUGCCCAAUCCUCUGCCCUAACAUGUCCUCUGCAUGUACCAUCAUGCUUUGAAUAGAGCAUCUCUUGGCUCAUUUCACCUGCAUUGCACUGUCCCCAGAGAGCCACCCUUCUUCUCCCUCAGAGACAGCUGUGGAGAAGGUCAGGGAAAUAGGAUUACCCUGUGACCAAAGGACAUAUGGGAAGAGGUCCUCCUUCCAUGAUUGAUGUUCCCCCAAGUCCUUUGAUAUGCAAGUACCUCACUUUGUUAAC